UGGCCUUAAUCAUGUUACUUGCUUCUUACACCUUGGUUUCCUCACAUGUAAAAUGGGGAUAAUAUACAGUCCUGCCUAUUGGAUUAUGGCAAAGAGGAAAUGAGAUAAAGGUUGUAAAAAUUGGGAAUGCAGGUGACCCGGACUUUGGGAGGCCACUAGUGUUCCUGGGUUUUUUCAGGUUUCUCCUGCUGUGAGCUGGGUGCCUUGUGAGCUACUGGGAAAGAUGCUCUCCCUCCUUGGCCAGGGAACUGCUUUUGGGUUCUCUCCUGGCACCAUGGGCCUCAGUUUCCUCCUCUGAGGAAGAGUUGAUAGGGAAAGAGGGGCCAAGAGCACAGGCUGUCACAAAUCCUUCCUGACAGUGCUUGUCCCUUCAGCCCAAAGUAUUGUUGUUAUGACUUAUUUCAUUUUUAGUCUGUGGGUAGGUACCUCUCCAGGUCUUCCCUUCCAGCCCUUGUCCCACCCCAGAACCUAGGCAGCGGGAGCCCCGUCCCAGGGAGAGUCCAAACAAAGGCCGGCCCCAGGGGACCAGCAGUGGCCAAAUCUAAGAUAGAGCUUUUCUGCACAACUGGCUGAGACCCUGCGAGAUGGAGAGAGGCCAGCAAUUCAGUCCCUCACUGGCAUCAGGCAUUCCCCCAGUGGCCAUCUCACCUACUCACUCCCACUUCACACAGGAAGAGGGGUGUCGUCUCACCCUCCUCCCGGUUCCUACUACUGUCCCCUUUUUUCCCAGACUGUGGGAAGCAAAGGGUUAAAUCCCAUAGAGCUGAUGCUCUGACUCCAGGCUAGAGGGGCCCGGGAAGCUGGGGUCACUUCCUGCUCCGUCCCAGUCACCCUGAACUGGUCCCCGGGUCCUCAGCCUGGAAUCACCCCUUGAGAAGGACCCCAGAGUCCUUGGCAUCUAAGCCCGCCCCCCGAGGCAGGGCAUUUAAGGGGUUAAGUCCCCUGGGGCUGGAUUCUGCCUUCCGGCUUUUCCUGGACCCCUGAGCCUCAGCAGGCCCUCAGCUUUCCUCAUCACCUGUCUUCUGCCAGCCUCCCAUGAGUAUGAGUCUCACAUGAUACCCAAGGUCACCAUGUGCUCUCAAGAGACAGGGUCGAGCCAGACAAAGAACCCUACAUUUCUGGUCUUAGCUCUGCCACUUCCCAGCCUGUGACCUUGGAGAAGUUUUUCCAGGGUCCCCAGAAUCCUCUGCAGUCCUGAGCUCUGGGAUGGAGCCUGAGACUGUGCUGUGGGGCCCAGAUCCACAGGGCCCUGAACAGAGCCCCAGCGAUGCUCACAGAGGUGCUGAGAGUGGGAAUGAAGAAGAAAGCCCUCAGCAGGAAAGUUCUGGGGAGGAGAUCAUCUUGGGAGAUCCAGCUCAGAGUCCAGAAUUUAAGGACCCUCCAGAGAUGUCCCUGGAGAGACCUUCCCAGGAUCCCUCAGUUCCCCAGGACCCCUCAACCCCACUGGGUCACUCCAGCCCCUUGGACCACCAGACCUCUCUGGAGUCUCCAGCCCCCGAGGUAGUCCCUACCCCAUCUGACUGGACCAAGGCUUGUGAGGCCAGUUGGCAGUGGGGGACCCUCACCACAUGGAACAGUCCUCCCGUGGUUGCGGCCAAUGAGCCCAGCCUGCGGGAGCUGGUGCAGGGCCGCCCGUCUGGGGCGGAGAAGCCCUACAUCUGCAACGAGUGCGGUAAGAGCUUCAGCCAGUGGUCCAAGCUGCUGCGGCACCAGCGCAUCCACACAGGCGAGCGGCCCAACACCUGCUCUGAGUGCGGCAAGAGCUUCACACAGAGCUCGCACCUGGUGCAGCACCAGCGCACGCACACAGGCGAGAAGCCCUACAAGUGCCCCGACUGCGGCAAGUGCUUCAGCUGGAGCUCCAACCUGGUGCAGCACCAGCGCACACACACGGGCGAGAAGCCCUACAAGUGCACCGAAUGCGAGAAGGCCUUUACGCAGAGCACCAACCUCAUCAAGCACCAGCGGUCCCACACGGGCGAGAAACCCUACAAGUGCGGCGAGUGCCGGCGGGCUUUCUACCGCAGCUCGGACCUCAUUCAGCACCAGGCCACCCACACAGGCGAGAAGCCCUACAAGUGCCCCGAGUGCGGCAAGCGCUUUGGCCAGAACCACAACCUCCUCAAGCACCAGAAGAUCCACGCGGGCGAGAAGCCGUACCGCUGUACCGAGUGCGGCAAGAGCUUCAUCCAGAGCUCGGAGCUGACGCAGCACCAGCGCACGCACACAGGCGAAAAGCCUUACGAGUGCCUCGAGUGCGGCAAGAGCUUUGGCCACAGCUCCACCCUCAUCAAGCACCAGCGGACUCAUCUGCGCGAGGACCCCUUCAAGUGCCCCGUGUGCGGCAAGACCUUCACCCUGAGUGCCACGCUGCUGCGGCACCAGCGCACGCACACGGGCGAGCGGCCCUAUAAGUGUCCUGAGUGUGGCAAGAGCUUCAGCGUCAGUUCCAACCUCAUCAACCACCAGCGCAUCCACCGCGGGGAAAGGCCCUACAUUUGUGCCGACUGCGGCAAGAGCUUCAUCAUGAGCUCCACCCUCAUCCGCCACCAGCGCAUCCACACGGGUGAGAAGCCCUACAAGUGCUCCGACUGCGGCAAGAGCUUCAUCCGCAGUUCCCAUCUCAUCCAGCACCGCCGCACACACACGGGCGAGAAGCCCUACAAGUGCCCCGAGUGCGGCAAGAGCUUCAGCCAGAGCUCGAACCUCAUCACUCACGUCCGCACCCACAUGGAUGAGAACCUCUUUGUGUGCUCUGACUGUGGAAAGGCUUUCCUGGAGGCGCACGAGCUGGAGCAGCACCGGGUGAUCCAUGAGAGAGGGAAGACCCCAGCCCGAAGAACUCAGGGCGACACGGUGCUGGGGAUUGGGGAUCCCGCCCUGCUGACUCCACCACCUGGAGCUAAACCACACAAGUGUCUUGUCUGUGGAAAGGGCUUCAAUGAUGAGGGCAUCUUCAUGCAGCAUCAGAGGAUCCAUAUUGGAGAAAACCCCUAUAAAAAUGCAGACGGUCACAUGGCACACCCAGCCCCCAAACCUUCUCAGUUCCGACCCCCAAGGCUCCCUUUUGGCGGGAACUCCUACCCAGGUCCUGCAGAGGGCAGAGCUGAUCCCCCAGGACAGCCCUCUAAAAUGCCCGAGGGUCAAGAGAGCUUCAGUCAAAGGCUGGGGCUGCUUUCCUCCAAGUCCUAUAUUUGUUCCCACUGUGGAGAAAGCUUCCUGGAUCGCUCUGUGCUCCUCCAACAUCAGCUCACCCAUGGCAAUGAAAAGCCCUUUCUCUUUCCUGAUUAUAGGAUUGGCCUAGGGGAAGGAGCAGGGCCCAGUCCCUUCCUAAGUGGUAAGCCCUUUAAAUGCCCUGAAUGCAAAAAAAGCUUUGGUCUCAGCUCUGAGCUGCUGCUGCACCAGAAAGUCCAUGCAGGUGGGAAGAGCUCCCAGAAGAGUUCAGAGCUGGGAAAAAGCUCUUCCGUCCUCCUGGAGCACCUCAGGAGUCCCCUGGGGGCCAAACCCUACAGCUGCUCUGAUUGUGGGGCCUCCUUUCUGGAUCGCAUGGCCCUGAUCCAGCACCAAGAAACCCACACCCAAGAAAAGUCCCCCAGACCUGAGGACCCCCUUCCAGAGCCAGCCACCUUGUCCACAAGCCAAGAAAGUGAGGGAGAGGACCCCAUCCCUACAGGGAGCAGCAGCCACAGGCAAGGGGAAAGCCCCAAAACCCUCUUGGAAGAAAAGCCCUAUGUGUGUCCCGAAUGUGGAGAUGGCUUCACAGAAGUCGCAGCCCUCCUCCUCCAUAGGAGCUGCCACCCAGGUGUCUCCCUGUGAAGUUGGGCUGGAGGCUAGGGCCUCUCUCUCCCCAAAGGAACACUGGAUCCCCAAAAAUAUUAUGUGGGGAAAGGAGGACAACCCUAUCAGAUUGUAGAGAAUGGAAGAAAACCCUGGGCAAAAAUAGUGCUUUUACAUCAGUAAUGAGAAACCCUAUAAAUUGGUGGGAGCCACUUAUAAGGCAGUAGAGAAAAACUGUUGGGUUAGAAACCCUAUAAAUAUGUAGGAAAAAUUUUUUUAAAAGCCCUUUAAGUCUGUAGCAGAAAAACCCUGUAAACCAUAGUGGAUAAAAGCCCUAUUAUAGGAAAAGGUCCCCAAUAUGUCUCUAGACAACCCUAUAUCAAAAUCCUUAUCAAAAUCCUAUAGGGUCAGGGAAGUGCAGAAAAUACAGCAAUGGGAAUGACUUGGGAGGAGUGAACCUCAGAAGGUGUAGAAAACACCUCCCACACACUUGUUCCACAGUGUUCUCUCCUAUGGGAGCAUGGGAGGGCGCCUCUCUCCCAGCAGCCUUGGACAGUUACACUGAGGAAAAUGCCCAGCUGGAGAGUAGCGUGAGAACUGGGUGGAACUGGAAAAGGAAGAAAACAAAGAGGAGGAAAAGAAGUGAUGAGGAGCUCUCAAACCCACAUAGGAGAUGAAACCCAAAAACGAGUAAGAUAAAGUCCAGCUCAUUGCACUGGGGUUCCUUGGCAUAUAAAGCCAAUCUUAGAUGAAUUGUGUGUGUUAGGGAAAGAGGCCUGGGGAACCCUUUAUCAAAAAGAACCUGAAAAUAGGGAAGAAAAAAAUUAUCAAGCCUUCUAAAGGCUAAAGUUUUGGGUGUAUAAAAAAUUGAGUGUAAGAAUACUGAGAAACCAGCAUAAAAAUUAGGAGAAAGACUGUGUGUGUGUGGGGGGAUUUGUUAGAGGGCUUUGAGAGAAACAAACCAAGAUGGGGAAACUGUUUAGAUGGACCCAGGAACUUGCUAAACUGCAAGUGCAAGCACAUCCCAGCUCAGGCCCCCGAACCAGGCAGGACUGCCAUUGCCCCAGCCCCUGCAAGGCCUCCAGGACUGGGGGGUACUUCCUGCCACAUUCUCAGGUCUCACUGUCAGGAGUUUUUUCCUGAAAUCUUAACUGCCACCAGUCUUGCUGAAGUGGCAGCCCAUUUCCUUGAAUUCUGUCCUCAGUGGAGAGGGUGAACCGCUGCUAGUUGACCUCCAAAGAAUAAAACCCUUCAAGACUCUAGGCCUGUGUGCGGUUAUCCUCCCUAAGUUUCUCUUCUCCAAGUCAGCAUGAGCCACAUGUGCAUUCUGUGUGGCAACAAGAGACGGCAAGUCAACAGAAAGACUUGAUCAGCCAGCAAGCACCUUGAUUUCAAACCUCAGCCUUUCAUCUGAGCUGGUAGCAAGGCUGCCUGCAGGAUAAGUGGUCCCUGGGUGGUGGAAGUUGCACACUCCACAGACUAAACCAUAGGUCCCUGGAGAGUCUAUGGCCCACCUUCCUCACACCUGUACCUGAAGCCCUCUAAGUUUGUAUUGACAUGGUCCAAUAUCCUUGGAAAGAGGUGGACUCUACCCACUUUGCUCCUCCUCCUUAGCCAGAAACCUUCAGAGGGAUACAGAACUAUGAGAAACACUCCCCUGCCAGGCCCAUCUCCUCUCAUGCACCACACAAAGACUUCCAUAAACCCAGCCAAAUCUGCUCAUGUGACUGGAGGUGUGUGGCAAUGGCCAGAUUAUUGCCCUAUAAGAUGGUGGAAAACUAAAGAGAAACAUCUGUGACAAGACUCUCACUUGCUAACUAUGGAGCCCCUUACAAAAGGAGAGGACUUUGCUCAGUGCUGGAAAGAAGUGCUCACUGACUCCAUGCUGGCACCAGUAAUGCACUGUUCUGGACUAAGAGACACCAGGUGAGGUGGCCCUUCAGAAGUUGAGUCCCUGGAGAGUGGUGACCUGAAUUCCUACAGAGCUAUGGAAGAGACCUCUAAUCUCAUUACCUAAAAGUUCAAAAGAUGAAAAUCCUUCACCCUUCAUCUAUCCAUCCCUAAAGGGAUGACCCUCAAAUUUAAAAGGACUGAAAUCUAGAACAUUUAUGGGAAAAGAAACAGGCCUGCUGAGGAUAGGGAAAAGACAGGUCUCACAUGAUUGUGGGGAGAACUUGAUAACAUCUUAUCAAGCCCCACCCCACCCAAGUGCCAGGUAGGAGAGCACUACUUUGAGGGGAGAAGCCUGCCUGCAGAUCUCUUACUGACAUAAAUUGACAUUUAUGGGGGUGUCCCUGUGAGACUGAGGGGAUAAACCCUCUAAUCCUAAGCAGAUUCCCACCCCAAGAUGGUAACAGACACUUAAAUUGUAGAGACAAACCCCUUGAAAAGCUAGAAACAGAUUCCCUCAGAAACAGGCUUGAGGAAUCUGCCUCCGUAAGAAUCCUGGAAGCAGCUUUUGGGGCUCAGAGGAGGGAGUCUUGGGGGAGGUGGUCAGUGUAGAUGAAGGCCAGCUGUAGGCCUGUUGAGGACUAGGGUGUAGCACAUAUAGUAGGAUGCUCGCAUGUUGUAGGGACGCCUUGGCUCUGGUACUGAAUGGAUGAUGUGAACAUGACUUGUGGGGUCUGGCAUUUUACAGUAGGGAAGGGGCAGAGUCAGAGACUUCUGGGGUGUGGCCUGUUCUCUUGCCCCAACCCUCCAAACUCCUUUAACCAAAUGCUUCCCUCCUAGGGUGAGCUACAUCUUGAGAACGAGCUCAGCAGGCAGGUGGCAGCAUCCAGAGUCCCUUUGACUGGCUCAAGCCCAGAGGUCAGGGCAUUUGUCCACCAGAAGGUAGUCUAGAAGGCACAGUGUAGCCAAACCUUCUCCAACCCCAGGCCCAGACCCCUCAGACACACCCCUGGUGGAGGAGCCCAAGCCUGACCCAUAGGUCAGGGAGUCAUUGGUGAAAAAAGAAGGGAGAGUAGAAACUGAUCUGAGUUGAGGGUGAAACUUGAAACUGCUGUGGAUAUGGAGGUCAGACAGGAACUGGAAAGAACUGGGCAUGAAUCCAGAAUGGUGGGAAAACUCAAAACCGCCACAACCAAGAGGUGGGGUUCCAUGACACCACCUUGAGGGGAGCAGCUCCCACACUCUUGCCCCACUUAGGGAACCCCCUACUCACCUGACUGGUCCCCAUGAAGAGAGGCCCUACUUUUGAGUGUUGUGUGUCAAUAACAGUGUUGUGUCACCGGUGGUCAUGUUGAUUAGUUGAAGAGAAUAAAGGGAAUGAGAUUU